AUGGACCCCCAACAAAACGCCUGUUUUCAAGCGGAUUCAUCAUUUGGGCCAGUCGUGUCAGGCUGUCGCGAUGACUUUGACUUUACUCUUGCCUUUGAGUUGUACUUCUUUCUCAUAGCGCCCGCGGCGUUGUUUCUGCUGAUUGCGCCAACUCGCCUUUAUUUGCUCUUUGCCCGAGACCGCUGUGUUGAUGGCCUCUGGCUCCGGAAUUUGAAGCUGGCGCUGACGAUCGGGUACGCCGCUUUGCAACUCACCCUCAUUGCCCUAUGGGCGGUAAAUCCAAUGCCUGCAUCUGCUGCGGGGAUUGCCGCCUCAUGUCUGUGCACCGGCGCAAGCAUGUUUCUUGCCCUGUUAUCGUCUCUUGAGCAUACUCGGACUCUUCGCCCGUCAUCCAUCGUCAAUGCGUAUUUACUAUCAACCUUUCUGGACGCAGUUGUGGUCCGCACCCUAUGGCUAGCUAGCUAUGUGACCGAGGACCUGCGCAACGUCUUCACAGCAGCAUUUACCCUCAAGGCUUGUCUCUUGAUUAUGGAGGCUGUGGAGAAGAGGCGUUUCUUCUGUGCAGAGCAGGAUCGGGCCCUUAGUCCUUAUGCGAGAAGCAGUAUCUACAACAGGGCAGUGUUUUGGUGGGUGAAUGAGCUGCUGCGACAAGGAGCGCGACAAACGAUAACACCCAAGGAUUUACAUCUAUUGGAAAGUUCUAUGGCCGUUGAAACCUUGGACCGGAGAAUCUGGGCUUCGUGGCAGAAAACGGAUCAAAAACAUCGUCGUCGACUGAUACACACGUUCAUUCGUGCGUUGCGUUGGGAUCUUCUCACUCCUUUAUUUCCGCGGUUGCUUCUGAUUGCCUUUACCGUUGGUCAGCCACUGUGUCUGAGACGAUUCCUUGAGUACCUGGAGGCGAGUCCAGAACAAAGUGCGAAUGUGGGAUAUGGCAUGAUAGGGGCAUACUUUCUCAUUUAUCUUGGCAUUGCGAUUUCUACUGGUUUUUAUUGGUCGUCAUGGUUUCGCUCAUUGGCUUUGAUCAGGAGUAUGCUGAUGACGGCUAUUUUUGAAAGAACACUCCAAUCACCGGCAUCCGUAGCAACCGACAAGGCAGCCGUGACAUUGAUGAGUACGGAAGUUGAUCGCAUCAUGAACGGUCUUCGCGAGAUUCACGAAUUAUGGGCCAACGCGCUACAGAUCAUCAUCGCCACAUACCUUCUCGAAACUGAACUUCAAUAUGCGUGCAUUGCGCCUGCUAUCACUGCCCUGGGCUCCUUCAUAGCCAUUACAUAUCUCUCGGAACAUACUAAGAAGUUCCAAAAACAAUGGAUGGGAAAAUUACAAUUACGUGUGGGUCGUGUCUCCGCAAUGUUGGAUUCCAUCAAAGGCAUCAAGAUCUCCGGUUUGACCGACCGAUUAUUUGCAACUAUUGCUGCUCUCCGACAAGAAGAGGUUGAUGCAUCAAAGAAGUUUCGGCUUUUGGGUGCUUUUACCUCAACAAUUGCAUUACUACCCCAGAUCCUAUCUCCCGUCCUGGCAUUUGCCAUUUACGCUGCUGUAACGCUUGGGGGUGGGCGUUCUAUGGACGUUUCACGUCUUUUUACUUCCUUGUCAAUAUUGUCUCUACUCUCGCAGCCCCUCUUUGCAUUUUUUGGGUCUAUUGUGAACUCUCGAUCGGCAAUCGGAUGCUUUGAGCGGAUCGAAGAUUAUCUUUGCCAACACAGCUUUUUUGAUGGUCGUAUCUGCUCUGGCGAUGCCGUGUCUGUCACCAAUUCGAUUGAAAAAGAUAGCUCCCUCUUACGGAAAACUGAAGUCACAGAGCUUGAUGUCGGCAAUCAGACUUUGCAGCCGGCUUCUGUCGCUCUAAUUCAGCUAGACAAAGUAUCGCUAGGAUGGUUCAAAGACAAAGAUCCCCUUUUGACCAAUAUCAACCUUUCCAUCAAGAGAGGUACUUCGAACUUCAUCGUUGGUCCAUCAGGUGCUGGCAAAACCACGCUGCUAUAUGCCUUAUUGGGCGAAUGCCCGAUAAUAAAUGGGACUAUCGCCACAACUGUGACGGACAUUGCAUGGUGUGAACAAACCCCCUGGUUGGUCAACCAGACUAUCCGAGAUAACAUUCUAUCCGGCUCCGCUUUGGAUGAGACCUUGCUUUCAACCAUCAUUCAUUGCUGCGAUCUCAAGCAAGACUUGGACAGUCUUCCUGCCGGCGAUCAAACAAGGAUUGGUAACAAAGGCACCGCACUCAGCGGUGGUCAGAAGCAAAGGAUCGCCUUGGCUCGUGCUAUCUACUCCCGAAAAGAAAUGGUUCUACUUGACGACCCCUUGAGUGGGCUGGAUGUCACCACAGAGAACAAUAUCAUCUGCCGCUGUUUCGGGAAGAAUGGACUAUUUUCGCGCUGGGGUACAACUGUUGUCAUGGCGACUCAUUCAUCUCGUCUGCUACCUUCAGCGGACCAAAUAUUCGUGUUGGACUCAAAGGGAAGCGUUAGCGAGUGCGGAACCUAUCAAGAACUCAUGGCAACCGAGGGAUAUCUCCACAAAACCCACGGCCACAAACUGUCUUCACUGCAACAGGAAUCAGCCACAGACUUCGACAAGCUUGGUCAGCCAACCGAAAAAUAUCAAGGGCAGAUGAACACAAGCAAAAAGCGAAUUUUGGUCACUCCAAAUAUUUACCACGAUACCCAAAAAACAGCAUCAAAACCACACACUGCAAAGGAAAAGAUCAUAAGCGAUUCCUCGGUUUAUCGCUUCUAUGUCAAGGCGAUCGGAAUAACCCCGCUGAUGACAUUUCUCGCGCUGGAAGCAGUAUGGGCGUUCCUUUCCGUUUUCCCUGUUCAGUGGCUCAAGUGGUGGGCAGAGGAUAGCACAUCUCACGGUAAUAAGGACCUUGGAGUGUACUUAGGUGUAUAUGCUGCUUUACAAGUAGCUGCACUUGCGUCCUCUGCACUUGCCACGUGGUUUGCAUUCAGCUUCAUGGCACGCAAGUCUGGUCUCUCGCUGCACAGUACUUUACUCAGAGCGACUCUAUCCGCUCCAUUGAGCCUCUUUGCAAAGCAAGACAGUGGUGAGAUCCUGACUCGAUUCUCUCAGGAUAUUCAAAUGGUUGAUAUGAGCCUCCCCUUACAAAUAUUGACUCUCACUCAAAAUCUCUUCACCUGUAUUGCACAGGCGGGAUUAAUUGGCUCUGGGGUUGGCUGGAUAGCAGUGAGCUAUCCUGCGCUCAUCGCAAACUGCAAAGCAAAUGAGGUUGUUGGAUUUUUUACACCUCUAGGCGGCUUGCCUACAAUCCGUGCUUUCAAAUGGCAGGCUCGCUUUCGAAAUACAAAUUAUGAUUUGGUGACUAACGCCCAGAAGCCGUGGUACUCACUACUCAUCAUUCAAAGGUGGCUCUUAUUGGUUCUUGACUUGGUCACAGCAGCCUUGACAGUCUUGAUUGUCGGCAUCGCUGUGAAAUUACGCUCGUCAACUGAGAUGGCCGGUGUUGCUGUUGCUCUUGUUCAAAUUAUUACCUUGUCGAAUUAUCUGAACCAGGUGGUCAACACUUACACCAUGCUUGAGACUACGCUGGGUGCGAUCGCGCGCAUCAAGAAAUUUGAAGAUGACGUCGUCGCGAUGCCCGGUAACACAAUCAGCGACCAUGGUAUCCAGCCACCCCCAAGCUGGCCUGACAAGGGGGAAGUCGUUCUGGAACAUGUUUCUGCAUCAUACGAGGAUACUGCAGAACAAUCGGACCGGCCAGCUCUGAAUGGUGUGACAAUCCACAUUCAACCUGGGCAGAAAAUUGGAUAUGUGGCCGAACGGGCAAUGGGGAGGAGCUCUACCGUACUUGCCUUGUUUCGUUUGUUGGAUUUGAACUCCGGUACGAUUUUAGUGGAUAGGCAGGAUCUGGCCACACUCAAUCAAGAGACCGUUCGCUCGCGGCUGAAUGGCCUCGGUCAAGAUCCCUACUUCCUCGCCGGUAGCGUGAGACUCAAUCUUGAUCCCUAUCAAGACCUGACGAAGGGUGAAGAUUCCAAUGAUGCGCGACUCAUUCAGGCACUCGAUACUAUGCAGUUGUGGUCAUUGAUUGAGCAGAAUGGAGGGCUGGACGUCGAAUUGAAAAAGGAGUCGCUAAGCCACGGUCAAAGGCAACUAUUCUGUAUCGCCAGGGCAUUACUCCGACCGGGCAAGAUUGUGAUUCUGGAUGAGAUUACUAGCAGUGUGGACCUUCAGAUGGACAAGCUGAUACAAGCUGUCAUCACCUCCGAGUUUGCGGACCGAACAAUCAUCGUGAUUGCACACCGCUUGAAUACGAUAGUGAACUGCGAUCGCGUGGCUGUCAUGGCCGAUGGUAAGUGCGUGGAAUUCGAUGACCCUAAGGUGCUUUUAGAAAAGAAGGAUUCUUUCUUCAGGGCCCUUCUGAAAUCCUCAUAG